AUGUGCGAACUGCUUUGGUCUGAUCCGAUGGAAGCUAACGGACGAACAACAUCCAAACGCGGUAUUGGCUGUCAGUUUGGUCCAGACGUAACGGAACGAUUUUGCAAAGCUAACGGUUUGGACUACAUUAUUCGAAGUCACGAGGUAAAGGACAAUGGCUAUGAAUUAGCACACAAUGACAGGUGCGUAACCGUGUUUUCUGCGCCAAAUUAUUGCGAUACAAUGCACAAUCGCGGCGCGUUCAUCACAUUGAUCGGCAAACGAAAGCCGGAUCCGAUGAAACCAUCAUUCACUGUGUUCAGCGAAGUCCCUCAUCCAGAUGUGCGCCCUAUGGCCUACGUCAACCCAUUUCUGUCGCUUUUCAUGUGA